AACGCAGCGCCUCAGGUUCCUCCAUCAGCGGCGGCUGGAAAUCAAACGCAAAGAGAAAGAAAUAGAGAUAAAAUAACAAAUACUGAGAAACAAACGAUGACCUAAAGAGAGAAAAUAAGAGCAGAAGAGGAGUUUUACAGCACAGUUAAUGAAGCACCCUGUCCGUGAGCUCUAUAUUUGAGAGAUGAACAAUCGUUCGAUCGCGCGCUGGCUGAGUCAGAUCGGACUGCCGCAGUACACCAGCGCCCUGGAGAAACAGUACUACGGCCUCGAGGGUCUCCUGUCUGUAACUGACGAGGAUCUUAGACUGAUGGGAGUCGAAGAUCCAGAUCACAGAACAACCAUCAUAAUGCAGCUUCAGUCACAGCAGCAGAAAACACAGCCGGAGAAAGAGAAUAUCUCCACUGGCACAAUGAGCCGGAAGUACUCCCGGACGUCAACGGCUGACCUGUUCAAAACCACUGACCUCUUCCGUCACAGCAUUGUGCCGCGACUGCGUCGCCGUGACAACCAGAGAGUCUCCGCCUCCUGCCUCCAGCUCUGUGAUGAAGACCACGCCCCCUCCAGCAAACUCAAACUCAGCAGGAGGAAGAGUGUGUCGGCCUUCAUCAGUCAGGUGUUCUCGGGCCUGAAGGACAUGGACUCUCUGAAGAAAGAGCUGGAGGAGGAACUGAAACUCAGCACUGAAGACCUGAGGAGUCACGCCUGGUAUCAUGGACAGCUGCAGCGCGAGGGUGCGGAGCAUCUGUUGUCUAGAGACGGAGAGUUUCUGGUGCGCGACUCCAGCUCCAGCGCAGGUGAAUACGUCCUGAGCUGCAUGUGGAAAAACCAGCCCAUGCACUUCAAAAUCAUACGCGUCGUGCUGCGACCCAAACAGGGUUACACCCGGGAGCUGUUUCAGUUUGAGAACGAUCAGUUCAAUAACAUCCCAGCAUUAAUUCGGUUUCACGUCGGCGGACGGCGUCCCAUCUCGAAUUCCAUCGGCGCCAUCAUCUUUCAGCCAAUCACGCGCACUGUGCCCCUGCGCAUCAUCAGCGAGCGACAGGCUGCGAGGUCGUCGAGCUCCUCCACUCUGUCACGAGGUCAGAGCAAGAGGCGGAGCCUGAGUUCCUCUCAGAAAGACACGCUGCAGGUCAACAACCUGCUCAGGAGCGGCAGUCAGCCUGCUAAUCUGGAGACAGUGGGGAGACCGUCUCUACAGUCCGCACAAUCUGACAGCAACCUCCGCACAGGUGUACCUCAGUCCAGUCCGUCACAGGAGUCCAGCCCCGCCCCCAUCUCCCCGGUGUUCCGAACAGGAAGUGAACCUGUACUCAGCCCAGCCGCUUCCUGUGCCGCUCCUCCCAGUCAGUCGGGCCUCGGCGGCUCUCCUCUGCGCGGCUCCGAUGGACAGCUCCAUUCCCGAGCGCCGCCCAAACCACUGCGAAUCUCCAUCGUUUUCACCCCGACUCAGUCCGAUCCGGAGUCUGAUCCCGGCGGUCUGUACGGUGAGCUGGUGCCACAGGUCCCCAUCACCAUGCUGCCCAAAGGUCACGCGGCGCGCCUCCGCGCUCAGGAGAAGUGGACCAGUCGCGCGCGUCUCACCGAGACCAGCUUCGGCUUCCUGGAGGCGCAGAAGCUGGAGGAGGAGCGCAGAGAGAGCGAGGGGGACGAGCGCGACUGGUGCUUCGAGCGGCCGCAGACCGAGACCACGUCCUGCUUCCGCCUGGAUGAGUUCCGCUCGCUCCUGCUGCCGGACAACAACCGUCCGCUGGAUCAGAGCGUCCUGCUGAAGGUCAAAGAGCUGCUGACGCUCAACGACCCCAGAACCACCGCACUGCACAUGCUCAGCGUCAACUGCCAGGUGGCACGGGUCACGGGUGUGACGGCGGAGCAGAAGAGGAUCAUGGGAGUUGAGAGCGGUCUGGAGCUGGUCACGCUGCCGCACGGAGGUCAGCUCAGGCAGGACCUGCUGGAGAGGCAUCACAUCCUGGCUCUGGGCGUCGCGGUGGAUCUGCUGGGCUGCACGGGGACGGUGGGUCAGAGGGCGACGGUGCUGCACAGGAUCAUCCAGCUGGCGCAGGAGCUGCGCAACACCACGCAAGAUCUGUACGCCUUCUCCGCCGUCAUGAAGGCCCUGGAGCUGCCGCAGGUGGUCAGGUUGGAGAUGACAUGGAGAGCGCUGAGACGCAGUCACACUGAAAGCGCCGUGACCUUCGAAAAGAGCCUCAAGCCCUUCAUGAAGUCCCUGAAUGAGGGCGACGACGCUGUGGUGUCGGGCCCGCUGUCUCUGCCACACAUGGUGCCGCUGCUGAGGCUGAUGGAGGGCGAGGACAGCGUCGAAUCCACCGACAGAGGCUGCCAGCUGCUCUACAACCUGCUGCAGUCGGCUCGCAACGCCGCGCUACACGCCAGCGACUGUACGCGACACGCUCACGGCCUGCUCUCCGACGGAUGGGAACCAAUCCCGGAGCUGCUGGAAGUGUUUCAGACGGAGUUCGCCCUGCGUCUCUUCUGGGGACAAACGGGGGCAAAGGCCGAGCAGAAGGAGCGCUGGGUCAAAUUCGACAGGAUCCUCACGGUCCUCUCUAACAAACUGGAGCCGGAUGGGGGCUCUGAAGUUUGAGCUGCUGUCGGCCUCUGCUGGAGGACACAGUAACUGCACCGGUCAUGGCCAGAGAAACAAGCUUAUUGUCUGUUUAAUCUACAAUAAAUGUUAAAAUGACAAGACUAAAGCACUAUCAGAUGAUAAAGGACUUUUAGACUAACUGACCCACACAGUUAGCAGUCUUCUUAAAACGUCACUGUUUUAACAUUGAGAAAAUCACACACUUCACCUUCAGUUGGUUUACCUUGAUGAUGAUGAUUCAAAACUGUGAUUGUGUUCACACACUUGAGUGAAAUAUGCCCAAUUUUAGAGGCAGUUUAUAUGGAAAGAAUAUAUUUUAGUUUCUUAAUGAAUUAAAAUGGAAGUUAUAUAUCAA